UUUAUGGUUUUAGUUUGAUAGGAGUCGUAAAGAAAUCAACAUCGAACAAAGCACUCGAGCCGAGUACGCUGUUUUGCCCACGUGUGCGAGCCAGUGUCUGUGUGUGUGUGUCUGUCUGUGUUUGUGGGGAUCCCAGAGACAUAACGGUGAAAACGGUACUGAACACUAUUUCGCUCGCUCUCCGCCGUCGCGGUCGCUUUUUGGCGCUUCCCCAGCCCGUAAAGAUCGCACAGGCCGUAAAAAUAAUCAUAACAAUAAUCGUAAAAAAUUAGAACCGCAGUCGCACAGUGGCCCUCGCUCGGCGCAGACAUUAAACCCAAAAUAAUAACAAUAAUAAUAAUCGCCAUAAAAACACCAGCAAGCAAAUCAAAACAAAAACACAGACCGGGGGGCGAUAAACAGGAAAAAGAAUUCGCGCGCGUUUAUCUUUUUGAGAGUGUCUGGCAGGUGUCUGGAUUUAUCCCGCUACUAAUUGUGCAAUAUCACUAAAGUGUGCUAAAAAGUUCCAAUUGAUCAAGCCAAAUCCUACUACCUAAGUGUUUUAUCUACUAAUUCUUAAAAACGUGCACCUGAAAACUUGAAUCUGCCGCACAACGUUUUCUAGUCCCCCGCAAAACGAGCAAUAUAUCUACACACUAGCCGAGGAACGCAAAGGCAAAAGUUUUAACUCUUGCAGUCAAAAAAGAAAAUAAUCGUAGACAGCCAAAAAAUAAAAAAAAAAAUAAAAAUAAGAAAGAAAAAGUUUUAUCUCAAAGUUUCACUUCAACUGAGAAAUUUCCCAAGCUCCAGGAUUGAAGGAUAAGCACACGUAUUGGAUUAAAAAGUGCAAUUUUGGAUUAACCCAGGUGUAAAUGGAUUACAAAAUUGGAUUACUUACAUGGAUUACCACAAUUUAGCAGCACAUCGAAUAAGAGUUUCAAAAUCAAAAUUGAGGAAUACCAACUAGAGGAUAAGGCUACUUAAGGAUCAAAGGACACCAAGGAAGGGAGAUAACUUGUCACUUUUGGCCAAGACAGCAAACAGAGGAACAGUUAAGCGGAAAUCAUUUUAUACCUCACACCACAACUACACACUAUCUAAGAUUAGGAUACGCAACUGUACAUUGUACUUAAGUGUUCAAAGGAUAUUUAGUUUACUUUGUAUAUAAGAAAAAGUAGCUAAAAGCACGGAGGCAACAGGAGCACGGAGGAGCACCACCAACAGUCACUAGCCAGUAAAGAGCCGCUGAGCCGGUGAGCCGCAGUCACGAUCACGUUCACGCCAGGAUCAGGUUUGGGGGGAGGAGCCGGAGUCGGAGUCGGAGCAGGAGCAGCGGACGCUGAAGCAGCCGCCACAAUGACGAUGAGUACAAACAACUGCGAGAGCAUGACGUCGUACUUCACCAACUCGUACAUGGGGGCGGACAUGCAUCAUGGCCACUACCCGGGAAACGGCGUCACCGAUCUCGAUGCCCAGCAGAUGCAUCACUAUCCGAACCAGAACCCCAACCAUCAGGGCAACAUGCCCUACCCGCGCUUCCCGCCCUACGACCGCAUGCCCUACUACAACGGCCAGGGCAUGGACCAGCAGCAGCAACAGCAGCACCAGGUCUACUCCCGCCCGGACAGUCCCUCCAGCCAAGUGGGCGGGGUCAUGCCGCAGGCGCAGACCAACGGUCAGCUGGUCUCGCAGCAGCAACAGCCGUCGCAGAAUCAGCAACAACAACAGCAGGCGCAGCAGCAGGGUCCGCAGCAACACCAGCAGCAGCUCCCCCAGGUGACGCAACAGGUGACACAUCCGCAGCAGCAGCAACAGCAGCAGCCCGUCGUCUAUGCGAGCUGCAAGUUGCAGGCGGCCGUCGGGGGCCUGGGCAUGGUGCCCGAGGGUGGGUCGCCCCCGCUCGUGGACCAGAUGACCGGCCACCACAUGAAUGCCCAGAUGUCGCUGCCCCACCACAUGGGACACCCGCAGGCGCAGUUGGGGUAUACGGACGUUGGAGUUCCCGACGUGACAGAGGUGCACCAGAAUCAUCACAACAUGGGAAUGUACGGACAGCAGCAGACGGGAGUACCGCCGGUGGGUGCACCACCACAAGGCAUGAUGCACCAGGGCCAAGGGCCACCACAGAUGCACCAGGGCCAUCCCGGCCAACACACGCCCCCUUCCCAAAACCCGAACUCGCAAUCCUCGGGGAUGCCGUCUCCACUGUAUCCCUGGAUGCGAAGUCAGUUUGGUAAGUGUCAAGAACGCAAACGUGGCCGUCAGACGUACACACGCUACCAAACUCUGGAGCUGGAGAAGGAGUUCCACUUCAAUCGGUACUUGACCCGCCGGCGGAGGAUCGAGAUCGCCCAUGCCCUCUGCCUUACAGAGCGCCAGAUCAAGAUCUGGUUCCAGAACCGUCGCAUGAAGUGGAAGAAGGAGAACAAGACGAAGGGCGAGCCGGGAUCCGGAGGCGAGGGCGACGAGAUUACGCCACCCAACAGUCCGCAGUAGAUCGGGGACGGGAGUCCAGUUAAAUGAAAUUUCUAUCUAAAUACAAUUUACGUUAGUUCGGAGAGCGCAAAUGAAUAUGAAUUUACUUCGAUCCCAGAGGACUAUCUAUCUAUUAUCUAUCCAAUUCGUUGAACUUCGCGUGAACUUAACUAAACAAAGAGAGGAGCUCAGAACUCAGAACUCAACCUAAAACUUAGUUAAUUGUUAUUAUUUUCUACUUAUUAUUUAAUUGUACACGAAUGGCGAGUGGAGAAAGCGAACUAAGAUAAACGUAAAGAUAACGAUUACGAUAAAGAUACAAGUAAAGCGUAAAACUCAAACAAAACCAACUCAUGUGACCUCAGAUCUAAAUAAGCUAUAUUUAACUAUAAUGCAUAUAUAUACGUAUAAAUAUAUGGAUAACUAUACAUGAUACCAAGUAAAGCUAAAGGCAAGGAGUUAUAUAUAAAUAAAUAUAUAUGAAGCAUAUAUACUAUAUACACGAUAACAUUAGUUUUACGCGUCAUAAGUACUAUUAACUUAUAUAUACAAACCCAUCAUAAACCCUAAACCCUAAACAGUAAACUAAAUCAAUGUUUGUAGCAAUCCUAGCGCAAAAGCAUUAAAUAAAAACCAAUAAAAAUAAUAAAAAAAUGUGGCGUCAAAAUCCAUUGCAUGUUGGUUCAAAGAAACCCAAAACAUUUUAUAAAGCAGAACAUGUUAAUAGAGGACUUCUCCCUAAGGGAAGUUCGCCAAUUUAGACAAAGAAAUACCAAAACCACAGAAAGACGUUGCUUAAAGUAAACAAAACGUUUUCAUCUACAAUAAAAACACUAUACCAUACUUCUGUCGUAACUAUGAAUAGUAGGAAAUCGCAAACGAUUGGCAAAAUUCAGCAAGGACGUGAAGGGAUAAGGAUCUUUGGCUUAAAAACUUUCGAAAAACUUAAAAUCCGACUUCUGUCCAAUUUGCAGAUAUACUCGACUUGAAAAUAAAAUUGUUUUGCGUGUUUUUUUUUUUGUAAUUUAUAAUUUCUUGUGCAAUUUUUAGUUCUUGCAAAAAAUAUAAUUCGAAUUAGGUCGAAAAGGAUAUAAAGUAUACCGAUAAAGCAAAAAUAUGAAUUGGCAAAUUAAUGAAAACAAAUACGAAUUGUUAACAAGACAAGAACUCAAAGAAUAUGUAUAAAUAUUGAAAACCCUGUAAAGUAGUAAAUGAUGUGAGUGAAGUGAAUAACUAUUCGAGUAUAUGGGGAAUCCUUUUGAACGCAGAACCGAACGAUUUCUAUAUGAAUAUACGCCUAACAACUAUAUAAAUGUAUGUACGUAACUCAAACUCAAUUUCCACGCCAGAUGUGGAGAUCUAUAUACCAAAGUCAAACGAAUGAAAGGAUGGAAGAGAAAAUAGUAAAGCAUCGUAUGUUUAUAUGUAGAUAUAUAAUUAAACAAACCCAAUAUAAAACUCGUAACUUUGUAGAGCGUUUCGUUUUGUAAAUCCCCCAAACAGCCCCUUACCCAUUACCCCCAACCGAUUCCCAGUCCCAGGUGAAAGGAUUUGUGAUUUGCAUGAAAAGAAAUUGUCAAAGGAUAUCGAAAAAAUGAACACUUUUCAGUCGAUUGGCUAUAAACACCCAUGAGAACGGAAUUCAACUCAAUCCAGAUACGUAACUUUCGGCCUCAUUCUGUAAGAAACUAACUAUUUAAGUUUCAAUUCAAAAAUAUUUAAAAUGAACAUAGGAUGUAGAAAUUCACAAGAAACAAAAUUCGAAUGCGUUGAUAAAAAAUAUAUAUAUAUAUUUGAAUAAACAAAAAUAAAAAAAAAUAAAAACUAAAAGAAAACCCAAACAUUUGUGCGAAAUUGAAACGAAAUGUGGAAGCUAAACAAUUUGUUGUAAAUAAAAUUAAAAUUUUAGUAUAAACAUGAUGAUGAAUGCAGUUGAAGAGCUGUAAAGGCAAAGCAAAAAGCAUAAUGAAAA